CCUUUUGGGGGAGCGUGUCGUUCAGUACAAACGGUUGUUCAACGUAGCAAACGUUUAAGAGGACUGAACGCACCUCUCCCUGUCUUUUUUCAUUUUGUUCUCUCUGGUUGUUUAUCUCCGCUCGUUUAGAACGUUGGAUCGCAGAGGGAGUUGGAGAAAAUCAACAAGGACGACUCAGUAACUAAUCAACCAAACAUCAAUUGUUGAUAGUAGCAACUAGCAACCGUGAAGAAUGUCGACUAAAGAACGGGGCCUGGUUUAUCUCGUCACCGGGGGCUGUGGGUUCCUCGGACAACACCUGUUACAGGUCCUUUUGGAGAAAGAGGAUGCGGUAACGGAAAUUCGACUUUUUGACAAACACAUCGACUCAAGUUUAAAUGGCCACAGCACAGAGCGGGUAAAGGUGGUGGUGACGCAGGGGGACAUCACAGAUUACUCCAGUGUCCUGGAGGUGUCCAAGGGGGCAGACCUGGUCAUCCACACGGCCAGCCUGGUGGAUGUCUGGCACAGAGUCCCUGAGACAGUCAUCCAGGCUGUGAAUGUUCAAGGAACUGUGAAUGUGAUCAAUGCCUGUGUGGAGAAUGGUAUUCAGUAUCUGGUCUACACCAGCAGCAUGGAGGUGGUCGGCCCCAAUGUGAAAGGAGACCCCUUUAUCAGAGGUGAUGAAGACACCAUCUACAAUAUUUAUCAUGAUAUGCCCUACCCCAGGAGCAAGGCCAAGGCAGAGAAACUGGUGCUGGAGGCCAAUGGCAAUAAGGUGAAUGAAGGGGCCUGCUUGUACACAUGCUCCCUCCGUCCCACAGGGAUCUAUGGUGAGCAGCACCAGCUGAUGAGGGACUUCUAUCAGAUGGGUGUGAGGACAGGGGGCUGGAUCAUUCGAGGCGUCCCAAAGGACACGGAACAUGGUCGUGUCUAUGCAGGUAAUGUGGCCUGGAUGCAUCUGCUGGCUGCUCGCUCCCUAAGAGAGCACCCCCAAAGGCUUGGAGGGGAAGUUUACUUCUGCUAUGACGACUCACCCUACAAGAGUUAUGAGGAUUUCAACAUGCAGUUCCUGUCUGGGUUCAACUUCCGCCAGGUCCAUGUGCCGCUAUUGGUGCUGUGGUUUGUGGCGUGCCUGAAUGACCUGCUCCGCUGGGUGCUGAAGCCUGUGUGCAGCUACACACCAUUACUCAACAGCUACACCCUCGCUGUGGCCAGCACCUCCUUCACAGUGGGUUCAGACAAGGCCCAGCGCCACUUCCAGUACCGCCCCCUCUAUGACUGGGACCAGUGCAAGGCCCGCACACAGAGAUGGGUGGACACCUUUCCCUUCACAGGCCCCAAGGACUCCUGAUCUGGGCUGAUCUGCUGGUCUGGUGGAACCUUGUCUGGGCUAAACCGAUGCACCACACAUCAUAACCUGGGAUGGAUGGAGGAGUGAGAGGACUAUCUCAGAUUUAUAUUCUCACUAUGUUUGCUCCAUCAUAAGCAGUAUAUUCAUUACACGUAUGCAAACAAACCCUUGACCCCUGAACUCUUAAACCCUGAGCUAUGACCUCCCGCACAUGUUCUUCAAAAAUGGUUAUGUCCUCCUUCCUGUCACUACUUGUGGCUAGCCUGUAGCUCCUCAGGCAAAAUGAUGACAAGGCAUGUUCCACACUGAAAUGGGUCACUUAUCCAUCCCAUGAUCUUCUGAUUCACAUGAGACCCUUCCCAGCCCUAAAUAAGAGAUAAUAUAUUGAAGAUUCAAUAUAAAUGUUUGGGGCUUUAUCGGACAUUGCAAUAUUCAUCUUCUUAAAAAAGGGGUAGAUAUAAUGUGAUUGUAGUCAUAAAAGGGCAUAUAGAUAUGUGAUAUAGGAAAGCUGCUCAUUCAUUGUUUUGAGUCUAUUUCCAACAAUACAUGGUGCAAUACAUUGCUAUACAUAUUUUGUAAUACAUACAUGAAAAUGCAAUACAUUUGUCACAAGACAUCAUCACUACAUAGACUUGAUCUGUUUUUGUUGAAGAGCACUAGUGCAGAAAAUAAGUACUUACAUCUUAAACAUGCAUUAAUGCACACAGAGAAUAUUGUCUGAUUAUGUUCUAUGUGAUUUUAGAGUUUUAUAAAUCACCUGCUAUACAUUAAGGUGAUUUUAUCAUCUGAAUGCACUGACAAUUUAAAAACAAUAAUCAAAAAAAUCAUUAAAGAUAACAUUUCCCAGUGCAGUCAGAUUUAAACUUCAGACAGAGAAAAUGUUAAUUUUAUAUUUCAUAAUUGAUUAUUAUUAUAAUUUUGAGAAGUAGCAUUACUUAAAGAGCAACUGAAGGCAAUAAAAAACGUAUAUUCUCUGGUAGAAAAUGGCCUAUGUCUCAAACCAACUACAUUAAAGAAAUGUAAGCAUUUCAUGUGACACCUAUAAAACAUGUGUAACAUGAAAAUAUUGUCCCAUUUACCAUGUGUAAUUUAUUGACGGUCCCAAACUAUCCCCAGAGAUAGGCUAUCCAAAGUCAAAACAAUUUUGACACUGUUGCACACCAGCCGACAAAGACGUUGGAUAGCUUGCUAGCUAAUUUAGGCUUCUUCCAGACACAAGACCUUGUUUGAAUGUUUCAAGUUAUCUCAAAGGGUGUGUGCUGUUUUAGCACAGUGUAAGUAGAAAUGCUUCCCACGUCGGAACAAACAAGAGACGCCCACAUCAAAGAGUUCCUCCGAGACCCAAAUCUCGUUUAGUUUAAUUUCCUAAUGAGGAGAAUUGAAAUCAGGAAGUUCAGCCCCCUUUAAGAAAACAAUAGACAUACUUGGAACACAGAAUUGGUUGAAUGGUAUCAAACACAUGUUUUCCAUGUGUUUGAUCCAUGUGUUUGAUGCCAUUCCAUUAGCUCCAUUUCAGCCAUUAUUAUGAGCCAUCCUCCCCUCAGCAGCCCCCUGUGACUUGGAAAGUAUACUCUUUCUGUAUUGAAUAUUGUAUUGAAUAUGUAUUAUGUAUUUAUGUUUAAUUCCAAAUACAGCUGUUUUAAUUAA